AGCAGUGUGAUAGAGAGAGAGAGAAAGAGAAGAGGAAGUAGUAUAUAUGAGCAAAGUCUCUCAUCACUUACUCGCGCCGUUCACUUCUCUUGGAGUGAUAUCUGUUGCCUCUCUCUCUUUCUCAACUAAGGCUCCUUCUUUUCUUCGCUUCUCCAUCAGUGUCCGUGCCUUCUCCUCUUUCUCUUCUUCUUUUAGAGCAAUGGCGUCCCACAUCGUUGGUUAUCCUCGAAUGGGGCCUAAGAGAGAACUCAAAUUUGCUUUGGAAUCUUUCUGGGAUGGCAAGAGCAGUGCUGAGGAAUUACAGAAGGUGGCAACAGAUCUCAGGUCAUCUAUAUGGAUGCAGAUGGCUGAUGCUGGAAUCAAGUUUAUUCCUAGCAACACUUUUUCAUAUUAUGAUCAAGUGUUGGACACCACAGCAAUGCUAGGUGCUGUUCCUCCCAGAUAUGGUUGGAAUGGUGGUGAGAUUGGGUUUGAUGUCUACUUUUCUAUGGCUAGAGGAAAUGCCUCUGUCCCUGCUAUGGAAAUGACCAAGUGGUUUGACACCAACUACCAUUACAUUGUUCCUGAAUUGGGACCAGAUGUUAAGUACUCUUAUGCAUCUCACAAGGCUGUUGAUGAGUAUAAGGAGGCUAAAGCUCUUGGAAUUGAGACUGUGCCCGUCAUUGUGGGUCCUGUUUCCUAUUUGCUGCUAUCCAAACCAGCAAAGGGCGUGGAGAAAUCCUUUUCUCUUCUUUCCCUGAUUGACAAAAUUCUUCCUGUCUACAAGGAAGUUGUGGCUGAACUUAAGGCCGCUGGUGCACGCUGGAUUCAGUUUGAUGAGCCCAAGCUAGUGAUGGAUCUUGAUGCUCACGAAUUACAAGCAUUUACUCAUGCAUACUCUGAGCUGGAAGCAACUUUGUCUGGUGUACAUGUUUUGAUUGAGACAUACUUUGCUGAUGUUCCAGCUGAGGCUUACAAAACCCUUACAUCUUUGAAGGGUGUUAGUGGAUUUGGAUUUGACCUAAUUCGUGGGACUAAAACCCUUGAUCUGAUUAAGGGUGGAUUCCCUUCGGGCAAAUUCCUAUUUGCUGGAGUAGUUGAUGGAAGGAACAUCUGGGCUAAUGAUCUUGCUACUUCCCUUGAUACACUGUGUACUCUUGAGGCCAUUGUGGGCAAAGACAAUGUUGUGGUCUCUACUUCCUGUUCUCUUCUACACACUGCAGUUGACCUAUCAAAUGAGCCUAAGUUGGAUAAAGAGAUCAAAUCAUGGCUUGCAUUUGCUGCACAGAAAGUACUUGAAGUAAAUGCCUUGGCCAAAGCACUUGCAGGACACAGGGAUGAGGCAUUCUUCUCUUCAAACGCAUUAGCUCACGCUUCAAGAAAAUCAUCACCAAGGGUGAUAAAUGAGGCUGUUCAGGCUGCUGCUGCUGCAUUGAAGGGAUCUGACCACCGCCGGAAAACAAAUGUGAGUGCAAGGCUGGAUGCUCAGCAGAAGAGGUUGAACCUUCCAAUUCUUUCUACCACCACGAUUGGAUCCUUCCCUCAGACUCAGGAUCUUAGGAGAGUGCGUCGUGAAUACAAGGCUAAAAAGAUCUCUGAAUAUGAUUAUGUAAAUUCCAUCAAGGAGGAAAUUAACAAAGUGGUCAAGAUACAGGAAGAGCUUGACAUUGAUGUUUUGGUGCAUGGUGAACCAGAAAGGAAUGACAUGGUUGAGUACUUUGGUGAGCAAUUGUCUGGUUUUGCCUUCACUGCAAAUGGGUGGGUUCAGUCAUAUGGUUCUCGUUGUGUCAAGCCCCCUAUCAUCUAUGGUGAUGUGAGCCGUCCCAAGGCCAUGACUGUCUUCUGGUCAUCAAUGGCUCAAAGUAUGACUACGCGACCAAUGAAGGGAAUGCUUACAGGUCCAGUUACUAUUUUGAAUUGGUCCUUUGUCAGAAAUGAUCAGCCCAGACAUGAGACAUGCUAUCAAAUUGCUUUGGCCAUCAAGGAUGAGGUUGAGGACCUUGAGAAAGCUGGAAUCACUGUUAUUCAGAUUGAUGAGGCUGCAUUGAGAGAGGGUUUACCACUAAGGAAGUCUGAGCAUGCUUUCUAUUUGGAUUGGGCUGUUCACUCUUUCAGGAUUACUAACUGCGGCGUCCAAGAUACAACCCAGAUCCACACCCACAUGUGCUACUCCAACUUCAAUGACAUCAUCCACUCAAUCAUUAACAUGGAUGCUGAUGUCAUCACCAUAGAGAACUCAAGAUCAGAUGAGAAGCUUCUUUCGGUUUUUCGCGAGGGAGUGAAAUAUGGUGCCGGCAUUGGCCCUGGUGUGUAUGACAUUCACUCACCUAGAAUCCCAUCAACUGAAGAAAUUGCUGAUCGUAUCAAGAAGAUGCUUGCUGUCCUUGAAAGCCACAUCCUCUGGGUCAACCCUGAUUGUGGCCUCAAGACCCGCAAGUACUCUGAAGUGAAACCUGCCUUGAGCAACAUGGUUGCUGCUGCCAAGCUUCUUCGCACUGAGCUCGGAAGUGACAAGUGAGUUCUCAAAGUACUAAAAGCAUACCUUUUCCUGUAUUUGAGAAGGGGAGUUGUGUAUUAAAGCCCAACUAAUUUGUUCGCCUUUUGUGAGAUUAGUAUUCUUGUUAUUUUCUAUAAAGUUUAGUAGGUGGUGAUUAUGUAUCUGGAUCUGCUCUCUGCGGAUUUUGUCCUUCAAUCUAUCCUUGUGAAGCUAUUCUAUUUUCUUUGUUCA